AUGUUCGUGGUGAUGCCCCUUCCCACACUGCGGGGCCUCGUCCGCCGCCGCCCCGCCCCGCCGGCCCCGCGCCCGCCGCUGCUGCACGGCCCCCCCGGCGGCCGCGGGGCCGGGGGGCGCGGGGCCGGGGGCCCUCCCCGCGGCGGAGACUUCGCCUACGCGCACCUGGCCUGGCUCAUCUACUCCAUCGCCUUCACGCCCAAGGCGGCGCUGAUCCUGGGCACCUCCAUCCUGGAGCUGAUAGAGCUGCGCCUGCCGCUGGGCACCACCGGCUUCCGCAUCACCCUGGCGCUCUCCGCGCCGCUGCUCUACUGCCUGCUGCGGGCCAUCGGCACCGAGGGCUCCGGGCAGCUGCUGCUGCCCCCGCAGCCGCCGCCGCAGCACCGCGCCGCCGCCGCCUUCCUCGCCACCUGCCUCGACCUCCUCGACAGCUUCUCCCUGCUCGAGCUGGUGCUGCAGCCCGGCCGCCCGGCGCCGCUGCCCGCCCCGCUGCGCUACCUCCUCAUCGCCGUCUAUUUCCUCUGCUUGGCCUCGCCGGUGCUGUGGCUCUACGAGCUCAGCGCCGCCCGGCCGCCCGGAGCCGCCCGCCUCGCCCUGCACCUGCUGCUGCCCGCCGGGCUGCUGGACGCCCCGCUGCUGGCCCUGCGCUGCCUCCUGCUCCUGCGCUACCAGCAGCCGCUCUCCCUCUUCAUGCUCAAGAACCUCUUCUUCCUCGCCUGCCGCGGCCUCGAGGCGCUGGAGACCUGCUGCCUCCUGCGGCCCGCCGCCGCCCCAACGCCCGCCAAGUACGGAGCCCCGGCCAUGCCCCCCGCUGCUGCCGCCCCACUGGCCCACGGACUGUCAGACGCCGACGUGGGUCCCCACGGAUACGUCAAUGCCCUGGCGGUCACUGCCCAGGGCUGAGACCCCACUGCUGCCAACAACGCUACCACCCUGUACCACGAAGCUUCUUCCAGGCCUCCUGCCCCUCCACGAUGCUCGGAGGAGCCCACGCUUUCUCCCGCCAAGACACCGGGUCGCUGCGUGACCAUCGGGGUCCAGUUUCCCUUUCCUCCCCUCAACGGCAGGGACCAGCAGAUAUUUUCUCCCUCAUUUGGGAACUCCUCCUGACCGUGGUGAUGGGAUGUAAAUGGGGCCCAAAAGACAGCCAUGCGCCUUUGGGGUGCACGCAGGGUGAAGGAAGAGCACCCUGGUCCCAGCAGGUCUCCCGGAGCCACCACCUCUGCUUCCCUGCAGAGCCCAAGGGGAACGGGGAACAGCAGCAGCCGGGGAGCCUCUGGAAGCAACCUGCUCCUUUCAAGCCUAGGAGCCCCUUCCUCCUAGUUAUAAGUCUACCUCUGUGCUCCAACCUGUCACGUCUUACAUUGACUUCACACGCUACGGACCAGGUCCAGGGGCUCACACCCCAUUUCACUACCCCCGAGACAUUUAUUUCUGGUGAGAACAGGGUUUUACUGCAGCCUACUGCUUAUUUCAGACAGCAGCACCCACUUGCUGGGACUCAUUUCUCUGUGAAUAUGCAUGUUUACGGGAUCAGUGUCGGUUUUCUUUUAUGCGGAGUGUAGGGGUUCAUUUGAUGUAGGCCGGGAAGGCUGGAAAGAUUUCUUCUGCCCCCUUCUUUCCACGUCUGUCUGAGUGCACGCUGAGCCUGCAGGCUGCCCCGCUCUCAGACCAGGGCUGCUCGGGGUGGCCCUGCUCUCGAUGCACCUCACAGCACGGAGAACAAUGCACUACAGAAGUCUCCAAGGGGCUCAUGAGCCAUGGCGAAAGCCCCCGCACCAGCAUCCUGUCCUCCGUGUGCAUGGCCUAGGGGGGGACAGUUAAUCGUAGGCAACCUCUUGUAGAAACACAGUUAUCUCUGGUUUUAAGCUCCAUGGAUGGUUGGUGCAGGUUAAGGCCUGCUCUUCUGCCUGGCUCCCGCAGCUCCUGAAAUCCUGAGUGGAAGCAGGAGCACAGAGGCCAUGCUCCAGGGAAGGACUUUGCCCCUCACAGGCUUUUAUUUUGUUACCUGGGCAAGGCUGCUUGUAUCAGAAAUACAGCACGUUUCCUGUCCAGAGCCUUUUUUUCAAGCUGUCCCGAGGGCAAGGGGACCAUGAGCAUGACCAGCUCCUGCGCAGGGCCCACAGCAGGCCCUGCCUGAAGCUCUGUGCUUCACACCCUCUUCCAGGGCUCCGGCUUCAGCGGGACAGAGCCCCCAUCCCACCCCCUUCCCCAGAGCAGGACCACCACCACAACCUGUUUACAGCCUUGCCAACUCCCAGCUGGGGCUCUUCCCCCAGCCCUGGGGGCUGGACAAGAUGGGGUGAAGACGCUGUCCUGCUCAGAGCUGCACCUAGGAGGGGCGGCUUGCUGCUCUCCCCCUACCAAAGGAGAGCCGGCAGAGACUGGGCUUAACUUUCCCACCAGUGCUUUAUUUUUAACCUGAGCCCUUGGGUGGGCAGUUGUGUGAAUUUUGGCCAGUGGCCAUCUCUUCUGUAACUUCUUUUUGUCUGGACAAUCUUGGUGCUGUGAGUGACUGUGAUUGUAAAACUAAGUACUGUAAACUUUUCCUAUGUGAUGUGAGCUGUAUCUAGGGGAUGCUAAUUUCCUGGCCAAAGGGGGUGUAGGCACGGGUCUGUUAUGUCUGUACAGAUACUAGUUUCCUCACACCUUCCUUUUUCGGUGUUAGACAGGUAACAAAAACUCAGAGCUGUAGUCCUUUUCAAGAGAGAAUGAGAUGCUACCUGCACCUAGCAGUACUCCAUGCUUCAGUCAAACAGCUGAAUGAUAAUGAUAAAAAUACGUGCCGAAAAUAAGGUGAAGCAAAAAAAGCUGUUCUCCCCCAAGUAUGUUUUGCUGCUCCUAUGGUGUGGUUCACGAUACCACCAGGAGUGGAACAUCCCCCAUACACUGAAGCAUAAACAUAGUUGAGAGAGCUGAAGAAUCACAGCAGAAUUACUAAUGAGUAAUUAAUAAUGAGUAACUUUAUGCCCUUUUAUAGCACACAAGCUGCUGUUUCAACAGCGAGUGCCUUUUUUUCAUUUAAGACAUUAGCGAGAAAAUGGCAUAUCAGAAACUUACAUAGCCAUGGCAUAUUCAAACCUUUGACUACAUUGAAAUUAGAUUUCAAACUUGUCCCCAGACACAGAAAUUGCCUGGGACAGAUGACACUACAAAACGAUGCUCCUAUUGUGUCAAAUUCCCCUGUAGAAGUAGAUCUCUAUAGCCCCACGGUUUCUGGGCUGUUAGUAAAUGUGCUGUUUGCAAAGCGUAAAGCUCUUGUAGCAGUUGGCUGUACCGAAGCCCAACCCCCCAAUUAAAAGGCCAGCGCUGCUGCUCCAAUUACUUACUACAGGGAAACAUUUAAAGCUCUGCAACAUCCUGUUUAUAAGCCUGCUCCACCUUCUGAAUUCCCUUCCCUUUGGUAACUGAGCUCUCACUUCCAUUUACACCCUUCUGCCACAAAAUAGAUCCGUCUGUAGAAGAAAUGCAUAGUGGUACCAUCCAAGUGCAAACAAUACCUCACCCAACGCACCUUGCACACCUACUGUGGAUUCUGCCCAACAUUAAUUACUGGUCCAGGUCAGUAACACUUUGCUAAGGUUGUGCCAUACGAAGACAUACGUCCCUUGGAGUCCUGUUACGAGGCCUGUAGCAGAACUCUGCUCUUUAGCAUUUUGUUGCUGUUUGCUAUCCUGGCAAGAGAUGGCUACUCCAAGAAGGAAAAAAUGAAAUGAAAGAUGAAGCUUGUGGCCAGUGAGCAUUUGGCAUCCCCUGGCAUUAAUCAGAACUUGUAUUUUUUAAAAAGCAAGAUUGUAAAAAUAAAAUUAGAAACUUGUGACUGAU